AUGCAUCUUCUCUAUUCGUUUACAUAUUUCGGUGUGCUUUGUCUAUUCUCAUUGCAACAUACACUCUCCAUAAGAAUUACUCCACACUCCCUUUCCACAAUAUAUCCACAAGAUCCCCUGAAGAAACCAAGAUGUGGGUCCCAUUUUUUCAAAGGUUUGUCCAAUUAUGUAAGGCAAGCAGUUAAUAUUGCAAAGCUUGAGCUCUACGUAGAUGAUGUGAAUGUUAUGCUAAAAUGUGAGAACAAAAAGGAAAGACUUCUAAUAGUUUUGGAGUACGGUGAUGCCUUUGAUAGAAAUUUUAGUUUGAAUAAAACAGAAGAUGGGAAUAGCAUUCGUAUGAAUAAUAGCGAUAAGGUGCUGCUUCCAGAGGAACUUUUAUCACUCUUGUUGGAUGAAAACGUACGAGUACCUUGGCAAUUUAUUAUCCAAAAGGUGCAUAGAGUCACCCAACUUGGUAGACCAUUAACUCACACUUGCGUUCAAAGUACCGUAGACGAUUUUUUCUCUGCAAGAAAUAGCCACAACGAACGGAUUUCAUGUGCAUCCUUUGACUUUAGGGCACAGGAUAAUUUCAUUUUUAUUCCAAAAUGGAUGAUGAAAAGUUUAAAUAUCAGGCCGUAUGAUAUUAUAUAUCUAUCUCACAUACAACUGCUAGAUGCUACAUAUGUAAAGAUCAUGCCGAUGGAAAAAGAAUUUUUCGACCUCAAGGAACCGAAACUUAUUUUGGAACAGCACCUUAAACACUAUUCUACACUUACAAGGGGGGCUAUAAUACCGAUAAGUCACAAAAACAGAUUAUAUAACUUAAAAGUAGUGUCCAUAAAUACUGAAAAGAAGCAAAAUAUUGAGUGUGCUUCUAUACAAGAUAUAGAUGUAGCUGUAGAUUUGGUUAGAGCUAUUUAA